CCCCUUUCCUCUCAGGUGGGCGGAGUUUAAUCGCAGCAUAGAGGCGGCUGGCGACGGUUGGGGCCCUCAGAGCCUCUUUAAAAUGAAACCGUGCGGGGCUGGGACUCGCCGAGCAGCAGAGAGCACGCAGGGGCCGACGAGGGGCUUGUGUGCAGAGGGAACCAGGGCGGGAGCCGGCAGCUGCAGCAGCAAUAACUGGUGUCAAGCGCGGGGCAGGAGCGCCGCUGGGUUGGCGGAGCCGGCGGGGGGCGGCUCUGUCCUGAGGUGUUAGAGUAACGAGACCGUCCCCCUUCAGGCUCCAUGGCUGCAUCUUCACCCUGGGGGAGACCAGGAAGAUUACUUUUUAAAAAUAGUUAAAUUUCUUCAUAUCGGUUUUAAGCAUUCCUUUUAUUUAAAAAAAAAAAAUCCUCGGACUGCCUCCACGCUCACGCAUUUUCGAACGUUGUAUAUAUAUACAUUUGCUGGUUAUCUUCGGGGGGGGGGGAAUACUUCCCCCUCCAUUUGCUUUUGGAGAGGAAGCCUGGACUCAGUGAUUUCUUUCUCCCCCGUUCCCUCGAAACAAGGCGGGGGGUUAAUAAAAGCGGGGUUUUUUGCUCUCUCUGGCUUCCUGAGAGGGGAGUGGUUUUCCUUGAGGAAACCAUCGAGAAAGUUUCUUCCCUUUUUUGCGCGUUGAGCGGGGGGGGGGGGGUAUGCUCUGCCGUGCUGUUUAUUAGAGGGGGGGCUUACAACGAGGGAUCUCCGCAAUCGUUCGUCGGCCUGUUCGCCACAAUGUACAAUACCGUGUGGGAUAUGGAGCGCGAUGACACGGACUGGAGGGAGGUGAUGAUGCCGUAUUCUACCGAGUUGAUAUUCUAUAUAGAAAUGGACCCUCCAGCUCUUCCCCCAAAGCCCUCCAAACCAAUGACUCCAGUAAAUACUAAUAGCAUAAGGGAGACUUGCAGUUCUUCACUUCAGGAUGCAGAAUGGUAUUGGGGAGACAUUUCAAGGGAAGAAGUAAAUGACAAACUACGAGAUAUGCCAGAUGGAACAUUCCUGGUGCGAGAUGCGUCAACAAAGAAGCAGGGAGACUAUACUCUGACAUUGCGAAAGGGUGGCAACAAUAAAUUGAUAAAAAUUUAUCAUCGAGAUGGAAAAUUUGGUUUUUCGGAUCCACUGACGUUUAGUUCCGUUGUGGAGCUGAUUAACCACUAUCGCCAUGAGUCUCUUGCCCAGUAUAACCCUAAGCUUGAUGUGAAGCUGAUGUAUCCUGUGUCCAGAUACCAGCAGGACCAGUUGGUGAAAGAAGAUAAUAUUGAUGCCGUAGGCAAAAAGCUGCAGGAAUACCACAGUCAAUAUCAAGAGAAAAGUAAAGAGUAUGACAGGUUAUAUGAAGAAUAUACCAGAACCUCACAGGAAAUUCAGAUGAAGAGAACAGCAAUAGAAGCUUUUAAUGAAACAAUUAAAAUAUUUGAAGAACAGUGUCACACUCAAGAGCGGUAUAGCAAAGAAUAUAUCGAAAGAUUCCGAAGAGAAGGGAAUGAAAAGGAGAUUGAACGUAUUAUGAUGAAUUAUGAAAAAUUGAAAUCACGUCUGGGUGAGAUCCAUGAUAGCAAGCUGCGACUGGAACAAGAUUUGAAGAAGCAAGCUCUGGACAACCGGGAAAUUGAUAAGAAAAUGAACAGUAUCAAACCUGAUCUUAUCCAGCUGCGCAAAAUCAGAGAUCAGUACCUUGUCUGGCUUAAUCACAAAGGAGUAAGGCAGAAGCGAAUAAACGACUGGCUGGGAAUUAAAAAUGAAAAUAUUGAUGAUACAUAUUUUACAAAUGAGGAAGAUGAAAAUAUGCCACAUUAUGAUGAAAAGACUUGGUUUGUUGGAGAUAUCAAGCGUAUUCAAGCAGAAGAUUUGCUUGGUGGGAAACCUGAUGGAGCAUUCUUAAUUCGUGAAAGUAGCAAGAAAGGCUGUUAUGCCUGUUCUGUGGUAGUUGAUGGGGAAGUUAAACACUGUGUGAUCUACAGCACUCCAAGAGGUUAUGGGUUUGCAGAGCCAUAUAACCUAUAUAGCUCCCUUAAAGAAUUAGUCCUUCAUUACCAGCAUACCUCCCUCGUCCAACAUAAUGACUCCCUCAAUGUCAGGCUCGCUUACCCUGUCUAUGCACAGAUGCCCUCCCUCUGUAGAUAAACUCUAGGAGGGUGGCAUAUAGGGAGAAGUGUUGGAUUUCUUUUCUACAGUUUUUUUUUAGAACCCAGAGGGCAUUCUUUCUCCUUAGACUGCUUGUUUUGCACAAGAAGCGAUUUGAUGAAUGUGAAUCGGAGACCUAGCAGCAACAGCUUUGAGAUAGGUGCCCUGGUGCUAUCGGAAGAUCAGCUGUAUUUUCAUAUAUGGAGAUUCUUGUGUUCCCUGUAAGGAACAAGUAAAUUCUCUAAAGAUGCACACACAAAAACCCUAGAACAAAACCAUGGAGAGAGACAUUUUGCCAGGCACCAUAAGCGGAACUUCUACUUGGAUUUUGAUUUUUCUGAGGUAUUGAUAACGUCUUUCAGUCUUAAGCUCCAGGAAAUUGGGAGAAUAGUCUCUGCUACAGAAGCAUUUUCUCCUUGUUAAUUUUAGCAGCUUUGCUGCAAGUUAGACAAACUUAAAAAUGAGGGCUUAUCUUGAUGUAGCAAUGGAUUUGGUGAGAGGAGACCAAAGGAAUUAUGGGGAGAGUUUCAGGUUCUUAUUUAAAAGAAAAAAUCCUCAAAGAAAUAUUGCUUUAUAUUUUACCAACAAUAACAAAGUUUUGGCUUGAACAGCACUACAGGUCUUCAUGUUAAAGAAACCAAAUGGAAGCCACCAAAACUUCACUUGUUGCUGGACUGAGCACUUAUGGGGAAAAAUUGCAUUUGCAACCGCACACUUGCCAAAAUGUGAAGAGAAAAAUGAUAGAAGCUAAAACUUUCUUGUGUACUCCUCAAAACUCUAGCCUGACCUGAUGUAACUGCACCACUUCCCCCUUGUUACUUUUUAAAAAAAACAUUUUCUUUCUUAGGAUGUCAAAUAAUUUUGAUUUUAAAAGACACUAUGGUUUGGAAUGUAAACAAGAAUGAAGCUGGCAUUUGGCAUGUUUAUAAGAUGCUAAACAAUGAAAUAUUCUAUUUGAAAACAUUUGUUUCUUUUGGGG